ACUUAAGUGGUUGUGUGCGGUCGAAGAAUCGUAAAUUACAGCUUGCUCGAUUAAUCAAAAUUUGAGGAGAAACAUUACCUCAAAAUUAAUCAAAACUUAAAUACAAUGGGCAAAUUAGCACUGGAGCAUUCCCUACAAGGUCAUAAAGGUCGCAUUUGGGGUGUAGCAUGGCAUCCAAAAGGUAAUGCCUUCGCCUCUUGCGGGGAAGAUAAAACUAUACGAGUUUGGUCCUUAUCGGGUAACACAUGGACCACAAAGACUAUACUAUCUGAUGGCCAUAAGCGCACCAUUCGUGAAAUUAGCUGGUCACCAUGCGGUCAGUAUUUAACAUCAGCUAGCUUUGAUGGAACCACGGCUAUAUGGUCAAAAACUACAGGAGAAUUUGAAUGCAUCGCAACUUUAGAAGGACAUGAAAAUGAAGUGAAAAGUGUUAGUUGGUCUCAUUCAGGUAGUCUUCUAGCCACUUGCUCACGAGACAAAUCGGUAUGGAUUUGGGAAUUGGCUGGAGAGGACGAGUUUGAUUGUGCUGCGGUACUUAAUUCUCACACACAAGACGUCAAGAGGGUGGUAUGGCAUCCCAAAAAAGAAAUAUUAGCAUCUGCUUCUUAUGAUAAUACAAUAAAAAUGUAUGCAGAAAAUGCAGCAGAUAAUGACUGGUACACCACAGCGACCCUUGAAUCACACACCAGUACGGUGUGGAGUAUUGACUUUGAUGCGGAAGGCGAACGUCUAGUGUCCUGUAGUGAUGACAAAACCUUAAAAUUUUGGCGUGCUUAUCAUCCGGGCAAUGAAGAAGGUAUAUAUACGCCAGAUAAUGAAACGGUGUGGAAAUGUGUUUGCACUAUUUCUGGUGAGCAUUCGAGAGCUGUUUAUGACGUUGCGUGGUGCAAGAAAACUGGUCUUAUUGCCACUGCCUGUGGUGAUGAUGCAAUCCGCAUUUUCAAAGAAGAUGCAAACUCAAAAAAGAAUGAACCGACAUUUUCUUUGAUGACUUCUGAAGACAAAGCGCACUUACAGGAUGUAAAUGCUGUUAAAUGGAAUCCUUCGGAAGAGGGACAAUUGAUUUCUUGCAGCGAUGAUGGUACAAUAAAAUUAUGGAAAUUUUUAGAGUAGAUAUAUAGGGAAUAUGUACAAUCGACUUGUUUUUUUAAUGUGGUUUAUUCUGUUUUGUUAAAAAAAAAAUAAACUUACGUUUGUACUUGC